CACCGGAUACCGAGUGCCCGCCUGAGGGGAGGAGAGAGCGCGCUCCCGUCCCUUCAGCUCAUGCCCUCUGACCCUUCGCUCCCGCCCGUCCGCGACCUGACCUUUCCGUUCGAGCACGCGCCCCCGGCUGACGCUCGGCCCGUCCUCCCGCUGCUACCGCCCCGGACAUGGAGUGUCUGCUGGUGAGCGAGGCCGGAGCUCACUCUCCCCUUCCCCUACCACCGGGCACGGCGCGCACCCUGGGGCGCGGCCCCGACACCCGCAUCACCGACAGGCGUUGCAGCCGCCGGCAAGUGCAACUGGUAGCCGAUUACAAAUCCAAGAGUGUCCUUGUCAAGCAGCUGGGUACAAACCCGACUUCGGUGAAUGGCCAGGUGCUUUCCCCUGGGUCAGAGGCCGUGUGGGAGGAGGGGGCCACACUGCACCUGGUGAACGGGCAGUACCCCUACAGCUUCUGCUUCCGUCCCUCGGAGCCCGCAGUCCAUCAGCCUCCCUCCCAGUCCGACUGUAAGCGAGCCCGGGGGGGAGCCGCCGAGGAACCCACAGUUCCCAGUAAGAAGGCAUGCAUGGAGGAGAGCCGACAGGAGGAGGUGGUGAGGGGAGGGGUCAGCAAAGCUCCCGCUUGGCCUCAGGACACCUGGAUCGAGGACGAGAGCCUGCUUGUGUUUACCAAGGCGGGAGUGUGCGCAAGAUCGAAGUUUGCAGGGUUUGAUAUUGAUGGGACAAUAAUCACAACAAAAUCAGGAAAAGUUUUUCCCACUGGAGUGGAUGACUGGAGAAUUCUUUAUCCGGAAAUUCCCAAGAGACUCAAGCAGUUAUUCCAGGAUGGAUAUAAGCUCGUCUUCUUCACCAAUCAGAGGGGCAUCAGCCGAGGGAAACUCCAUCCUCAGGACUUCCAGAGGAAGGUGGAGGCAGUGAUCAGCAAACUGGGAGUCCCAGUCCAGGUUUAUGUGUCGACUGGGCUGGGGUUCUACCGGAAGCCAUUAUUGGGAAUGCUGGAUCACCUUCGGAAACAGGGGAACGACAGAGUGGAGAUCGACCUGGACAAGUGCCUCUAUGUUGGAGAUGCUGCAGGGAGACCUCCGGACUGGGCUCCGGGCCGGAAGAAGAAGGAUUUCUCCUGCAGUGAUCGCCUGUUUGCUCUGAAUGCCGGGAUCCCAUUCAACACUCCCGAAGAGUUUUUCCUGGGCUGGAAGCCGGCCACCUUCCGUCUCCCAGAGUUCGACCCGAGGAAGAUGCAGACAGGUCUUCCACAGUACGAGCCACCCUCUGCCCCCCUGACCGUUCCUGGAUCGGAGCUGAUUGUGGCUGUCGGAUUCCCCGGCUCGGGAAAAUCCACCUUCAUCCGGGAUUUCCUGGUGACUGAAGGAUAUGUGUACGCGAACAGGGACACGCUGGGCUCGUGGCAGAAGUGUGUGUCAGUGUGUGAGGCAGCGCUGGGCAAGGGCAAGAGGGCCGUUGUGGACAACACCAACUUGGACCUGGAGUCCCGCAGCAGGUACACUGAAUGUGCUCGGAAAGCCGGGGUCCCCUGUCGCUGCUUCCUCUUCACAACAAGUUUCGAACACUCGAAGCACAACAUUCGGUUCCGAGAGAUGACCUACACCGGAGAUGGUCACGCUCCCGUCAACGAGGUGGUGAUGAACAGCAGUCGGAAGCGGUACGCAGAACCCACCCUGAGCGAGGGUUUCUCCGCCAUCCUCCGCAUUAACUUCCUGCCCCGGUUCCGGGAUGCCAAGCUGCAGGAACACUAUCACCUCUUCUCCGAGGGCUGAGAUCCUGCGGAGCGCAGAGAGGACCAGGCCCGGCACACGGCGUGGUCUCACUCACUCAGGGGAAGUCCUGGACUCUGUCUGUCUGCGCCCCGCAAUAAAAUGUAGCCGUAAUCCAGUUGGUGUGAGUGUCCCUCUGGGCAGAGAGGGACAGGGUGUGACCACCCUGUGUCCAGUGUUUCCACGGGUCAAUAGUUUAUCCGAGCUACAGUGACCAUCUGAUUUGUGUACAGUCCUUAUGAAUCAAGGGUAAAUGAAACUCGCCACAUACACUGACACAUUUUAGGAAACUACAAAGGUGUGUUAGCGCUGCAGAAAGCAGCAUCCGACAGUUAUACAGAAUAAAAUAUUGUGUAAAAACAAAUUUAGAAGUGUGAAUUUGAAAUAAAAUGUGCAUACAUAUCUAAAUACCACAUCAUAAAAGGUGGUUUUAAGUGUUUACAGUCCAGUGUGGUGACUGAAUGGUUGGGAAUCCAAUUAGAAUGGUUGAUCAGAUUAACAGCCCGGGGAAUAAACUGUUAGGAUGGCAUAAAGUUUUUGUUUUGAUGGCACAAACACAAGAGAUUCUGGAGAUCUUGAGCAGAGCACCCAGAACGGGCUGGAGGAUCUCAGCAGGUCGGGCAGCAUCUACAGAGGGGAAUACAGUCGAUGUUUUGGGCUGAGACCCUUCAGCGGGCCCAAAUGUUUGACUGUUUAUUUCCCUUUCGUAGACGUCGCCUGCGGUUUCUUGCAGCCAUGAGCAGGGCAGUUGCCUGCCCACCUUUGGUGCAUUCUGAGUGGAUGCUUUCUAUGGUGCAUUGAUUAAAAAUAGGUGAGGGCUGGGGGGGACUUGCCAAAUUUCUUCAGCUUUCUGAGGAAGUGGCGACACUGCUGAGUGCUCUUUGACAUGGGUGGCGCCCCACGUCCCCCCGCAAGGCCAGAAUUUGGUCUGAGAAUUGUUCACAGUGCCCCCUUAUGGCCGGAGGGACUGCAUUGCACUGUGAACGUUUACAUAGGAAAAUUGGCUGACGAGGCUGGGAUAUUUCAAGUUUAUUGUCAACCUGGGCAUGUGUGCCCUGGGGAUAAAUACCAGAGAAAUGAGCAUCAGGGUAUGUCACGGCCAGAGAACGUAUCACAGACACAGGACACUUGCACCAUCCAGUCCAGUCAACCUGAUCUGCCUGGUCCCAUCUACUUGCAACCAGACCAUAUCCCACCAAGCACCUCCUAUAUUUUGCAUCUGAACACACAUCCACUACUUGCACUGGCAGCUCAUUCCAAAACCUCAUUUUCUCUGAGUGAAGAAGCUCCCCCUUAAAUAUUUCACCUUUCGCCCUAAACCUAUGACCUGUAGUUCUACUCAAACCCAGCUUGGGUGACUGGAAAAGAAAGCCUAUGUCAAUUUGUCUCUUACUAUUAUGACCUCUGUAAGAUUUCCACUUCCCUGCCCUCCGGGGAAACUAUACAGGAAACUAUGUAUCCUGUAACUCAGGCCCUUGAAUUCUGAUGACAUCCUUGUAAAUUUUCCCCACACUCUCUCAAGCUUAUUGGUAUCUUUCCUGUAGGUAGGUGACCAGAACUGUACAUAAUGCUCCAAAUUCACCUCACCAGCGUCUCGUACAACUUCUACAUAACGUGCCAACGCCCGAUCGUGCAGUAGGUUUAAAGGUCAAAAUGACACAACUCUGUACUGUUCUCUACAUAACCUUUCCUCAUUUGUCACGUUCCACAAAAGCUUUAUAAGUGCUCUUUCCAGUAUAAUAACAUCUCUCCUACAGCAGGGUGAUCAAAACUGACCACAGUACUCCUCAUCUACGUAAUGUCCCAACUCCUGUACGCAGUGCCCUGACUGACGGGGGCUGGCAUGCCAAGCAGCUUCUUCACCACCCUCUCUGCAAGAACCACAUACCCGCCCGCACCCCUGGGUGCCUCUGUGGGACACUUGCCCAGGGACCUGCCGUUUACCAUCCCCACUUCUCUUCCCUGAAAUGUGAGUACCUGCACGUGGGUACGGGUGUAGGGAAGGGCACGGUCCUCAGACCAGUGGGUAGAGAGCACUGCAGGAGGAGUGGGGGGAAGGAGGGAGCACCAUAUGAGGGACAGGGAGGAGAGAGAGAGAGAGCUGUGCUGUGGGAGGGAGCGCUAUCAGGAGUGGAAGACCACGGUGAAGAAGAGGGAGCGCCACACUUCGAGAAGGAUGGCAAGGAGAGAGCGUUUUAGAGGGGUGGGCACACUGGCUGUUCAGAGGGGUGGCGAGCAGGAAGCACGGCACCGCGAGAGGGAGACGGACCCUUGUGAGUAUUCCCUCCUCCCCAGCCGGGCCAGGGUGUCGAAUGACACCAUACACACACGGAAACAUUCCUCCCACACCUUGGGCCACAUGCAAAUCGCUUCGCUGUCAGUGAAGGCAUUAACAACUGGGAAGGAAAUGAUGAGGUGAGGCACGAUUCCAACUCCUCUCUGUGGCUACUCACCAAUACCAGGCACUGUAAACAACCGCUUUCCCCUGCAGUAAACAGUCAGGCUUGUAAAUGACACAAGAGUUGUCCGCAUUGGCCAGAUGUCCUCACUGGACACUGGCUAGCUGUUUUUGUAGCAGCCGCACAGUGCAAAGACAUACAACUGACGACAAACUACAAAGUAAACAGUUUGAAACAAAAGGAAUAUCAGGUUAGCGUUUAUGCGAGGCUGGGAAAUCUGAUGGCACUGGGGAAGAAGCUGUCCGGGGCCUCCAAGACCCCAGUACCUCCCCCCUGACGGUACCAACGAGAAGUGAGAGCCCUUCAGGGACGGGUGCUGCCUCUCGAAAAUGUCCACAUUCAAAAGUCCAAAUUACGUUUAUUGUCCAAGUAUGUGUACCAUAUACAACCCAGGAGAUUGGUUUUCUCGCAGGCAGCCAAAGACGGUAGAAACCCAGUAAAACAGCCCACACCGCAAAGACCGUCAAACACCCAAUGGGCAGAAAAAAAAGAGCAAGUGGUGCAGGCAAUACAAGAGUUCCGGAACGUGAGGCUGCCGCCAUGGAGCCAGGGGCAGGGACAUUGAUGCAUCCCAGCCCCUGAGGCUCCAGGAGGGAGAUGCCAGCGAGCAACAGGCGUGAAACACACCCCUGCCUGAUGGACGCGCCUUCCUGAGGCGCCGUGUACUCGACGGAGCUGGCUGAUCCCACGGCCUUCCCCGAUCCUGUUCAGCGGAGCUCCCCACACCAGAGGGUAACACUGUCCACUGUGAGGCCUCUGUCAGUCGGGCUCGACUGCGCACGUUGCAUCCCAGCAUCAUAUCCAGCUUGGAUACACAAGCCAGGGCAGUACGAUAUGCAGCGCAAACUGCUGUCCAUGUAGCCAGCUCCCCCGUGAACGGCACAGACCGAUACAGGUUGGCACCAGCAGCAUUGCAGGAGUUGCCAGUCAGUGCUGAACUCCAUGUAGGGCUGCCUUAGGGACUCCAGCUUUGGAUUUUUCCCUCAGGGUUUACCCCCAAAGCCUUCCAUGUGAGUGGGUAUAGCCACAAGGCAGCAGAAGUUUGAGAUCAAAGUUUUCCUGCUCCUAGGUGAGCUGCCAACUACGGCUGACGAGUCCCAUCUGCCCAAAGCGACUGGUUUUAAGGAGCCAGUAACCCACCUUUGCCCCCCCUCCUGUCAGUAGAAACGAUUCAGCCGGGUUUAGUAGCUAAGCCCCACGUGAAGGCCAGGAGCUGGAGUUGGUUGUCAGAGGCUGUUUGAAUCACACGCCAUUGGGAGCAUUUAAUAGGCAAUGUGAGCUUGUCCCCAUCACCACCACCACCCCGGCUGUAUCUGCUAAUGAAAUAGAUCAGCCUGCAUGCCUUCUUUGUGACUAUGUUGACGUGUUUGACCCAGGACAGCACAUAGGCACAGCGUUGUGUUUACACCCGCCAGCCCAUCUCCCAGCGCUCGGCUCCUGCCAGGGACCAUUCCAGUCCUUCACUAUCUUUGCAUCUGCUCCUGAGGGCCAGGCCCUCUCUGCCCUCUGGGGUGACGAGGUUCCACCUCAGGCUCCCCUCCUAACCUCUGCUCCCUUUCUCCAGUUCUACCUACUGCUGAUAUCUACCGUACCCGGAAGACUUUUGAGCCAGAGACUCUACCAGGUAUUGAUCCCUUAUCUAAAAGAAAAAUGGACUGGCAUUGGAGAAGGUUCGGGAGAAUGGUGCAAGAUGUGAUGGGUUAAUGUCUGAAUAGCAGCUGGCCCUGUACUUGCAGCAAGUUUGAAAUAUUGAAAAGUUACAAAUACUGGAAGACCUAGAUAGAGCGGACAGGGACAGGAUGUUUCCAGUAGAGGGGAGAGUCUCAGAAUAGAGGGACAUUCUUUAGAACAGCGCAGAGGAAGAAAUUCCUUAGCCGGAGUAGUGAAUCUGUGGGACUCAUUGCCACAGCCCCUGUAGAGAUCAAGUCAUUGGGUACAUUUAAUCAGCUGGUUGAUGGAUUUCUGACUAGUCAAGGUGUCACAGGUUACACGGAGAAGGCAGGAGAAUGGGGUAAGAGGAAAAUUAAAGCAGUCAUGAUCACUCGGAGGAGCAGACCCGAUGGGCCGAAUGGCCUAUUUCAACACUCACUGUGCAGAAGUCUUGGGCACAAAUACUGUAUAUAACUAGGGUGUGUAAGACCUUUGUACAGUACUGCAUUGUCGAUGUGGGGCGGAGAGUCAGUUUGCAAAUCUGGCAGGAACAAAGGAUAUACAAAAUGCUGGUGGAACACAGCAGGCCAAGCAGCAUCUAUAAGGAGAAGCACUGUCGA